AUGGAUAUUCGCGUGAAGCAAGAGAAUUCCGCAACUUCUACUCUCCCGUCAUGGAAAUCCUCCGGUAACAGAAGCACUCUACGAAGAGAAUCCCAAGAUGUUAUCGAUCUCAGCAGUAGCAGCGACGACGCCUCCGGGUUUGGUGACGAAAUCGCCGAUGUUGAAAGCGCCGACCGAAAUAACUAUUCUCCCGAUGUUUCUGGAAACUCUACAGUCGGCGAGAAGAGAGCUCGAAGUGGUUUACCCGAAGCCGACACUAGAAGCGCGAAGAAGCUAGCGGUCGUGAUUACGGAGGAGGAGGAGGAACAAGGGUUUGGCCAAUCGAUUCCGCCGGGACAAGCUAUUGUGGCUCUUCGAGCGACGCCGUGUAGCGUUGUGCCGCCCACUUUUUCGCCGUCUUCGAGUAGUUGCAAACAGUUUUGGAAGGCUGGGGAUUACGAAGGAACGUCUGGCGGUAAUUGGGAAGUUUCUGCAGGUGGCUUUGAUCAUGUGAGAGUCCAUCCCAAGUUCCUGCAUUCUAAUGCAACCAGUCACAAAUGGGCCCUUGGAGCUUUCGCAGAGCUCUUGGACAAUGCUUUGGAUGAGAUUCAUAGUGGAGCUACACAUGUUAACGUAGACGUGGUCCCCAACAGGAAGGAUGGAACCAGGAUGGUUUUGAUUGAGGACAAUGGUGGUGGGAUGAAUCCUGAAAAGAUGCGACACUGCAUGUCUCUAGGAUACUCUGCAAAGAGCAAGCUUGCAAACACCAUUGGACAAUAUGGCAAUGGAUUCAAGACUAGUACAAUGAGACUCGGAGCUGAUGUCAUUGUAUUCUCACGUUGCUGUGGAAAAGAUGGAAAAAGCUCUACACAGAGCAUUGGGCUGCUAUCAUAUACAUUUCUGAAGAGCACAGGAAAAGAGGACAUUGUUGUACCCAUGCUUGACUAUGAAAGAAGUGGUUAUGAAUGGAGUCCAAUUGUACGGUCUUCGGCUAGUGAUUGGAAUAAGAACGUGGAAACAGUAGUCCAAUGGUCGCCAUUCUCUUCGGAAGACGAUCUUCUUUGCCAGUUUAAUCUAAUGAAGGAUCAUGGCACAAGGAUUAUCAUAUAUAACCUCUGGGAAGAUGACCAAGGAAUGCUAGAACUUGAUUUUGACACUGAUCCGCAUGAUAUCCAACUUAGAGGGGCCAAUCGAGAUGAGAAAAGUAUCAAUAUGGCUACUCAGUUCCCUAACUCUAAACACUUCUUGACAUACAAGCACUCACUCAGGAGUUAUGUAUCUAUUCUAUACCUAAGAGUUCCAUCUGAGUUCCGUAUCAUUCUCCGAGGAAGAGAUGUUGAGCAUCACAACAUUGUGAAUGACAUGAUGCACACAGACCGAAUUACUUAUAAGCCAAAAGAUGGCGCUGAUGGAUUUUCUAAGUCUUCCAGUAUGUCUGCUGUUGUGACCAUUGGAUUUGUUAAGGAUGCAAAACAUCACGUGGAUGUUCAGGGCUUCAAUGUUUACCACAAAAAUCGCCUUAUUAAGCCAUUUUGGAGGUUAUGGAAUGCAGCAGGUAGUGAUGGUCGUGGGGUUAUAGGUGUCUUGGAAGCUAAUUUCGUUGAGCCUGCUCAUGAUAAGCAAGGGUUUGAGCGUACAACAGUUUUGUCGAGACUGGAGACACGGCUAAUUCAAAUGCAGAAGACUUAUUGGAGAUCUAAGUGUCACAAAAUUGGAUAUGCGCAGAGGCAAGGCAAAAAGUCUGUAAAGGAUUCCGAAGACAAAGAAUCAUCACCAGAGUAUGAUCCUAAAGGAUCUGACUCAUCAAGGAAAAGGACUGCUGCUUCGAGCUUUAAAAGUCCAGCUGCACGUUCAGAAAAUUUUGACUCAAGACCAAAUGUGACUCGAGGAAAAGGAGCUGUUAAAGAUUCUAAAGGGAGCGGUUUUGUAUCAUCAGAAAACUUUGACUCAAGACCAAAUGUGAGUCGAGGGAAAGGAGCUGUUAAAGGUUCUAAAGGGAGCAGUUCUGUAUCAUCAGAGGAAGGUGGCAAACUUGGAAACAUCUCUUCCAAAUUUAACAAACAAGCAGAGCCUCAAGGAGCUCGAGCGGUAGAGGUCACCAACAGUGAUGACGACUCCGAAUAUGAUACUGUUUCUGGAAGAAAUGUCACGGAGCUUCCUGAGAAGAGUUCUGAACUACCCAAGUUUUUGUCUGGUUCACGUACCCUCCGUCAAUUGGAACAAGAGAAUGAAGAGUUAAGAGAGAGGCUAAACAAAAAAGAAGAUGUUUUCAUGGUUUUGCAAGAGGAAUUGCGACGUGAGAAAGAUCUACGCAAGAAACUUGAAGCUGAGGUUCAAGCAACAAAGGACAAGUUAGAAGAAAUGGAAAAAGAGCAAGCGAGUUUAAUCGACAUAUUCUCAGAAGAUAGAGACAAACGCGACAAGGAGGAAGAAAAUCUCAGAAAUAAGCUAGAGGAGGCAUCAAACACGAUCCAAGAGUUGUUAGAUGGAAAAACUCGAGGGAGAUAA